AUGCCCUCGGACGUGGGAGACUCCAACUAUGGUAUGAUUUUCAUCAUCGCGGCCUGUGCUCUUACUGCUCUUGUAACAGUAACCCUAAUCUUCAGAUAUUCUGUCAAAGCGUGGGUGUCAUGGAAGCUGCCGAAUGUCAGUUCCCCGGAGCGUAUCUGGGGCGCAGAAGAUCUUUACUACAUUGUGGGAUACGGCUUUGAUAUCGCCCACAUGGCCAUGGUUCAAAAAAGUCUCGAAUUCGGACUGGGCCAACACAUGUCGACCUUGACAGUAAAGGAAAUAACAGGAGCAAUGAAAUAUGACUUCUUGUCUCAGCCUCUAGCCAUCGUUGCCGCAAUGGUUUCCCGCUGUGGAAUGAUGUGGUUCUUACAUACAUGCUUUGGCAGCGGAGAUAAAAAAAUCCAUUUCAUGAUCGUCGUAUGCUUGAUCAUACAGAUCGUUGUGAACAUGGUCACGGUUGUUCAGGUUGUCGUUCAGUGUGGUCCAAAUCCGUAUCGAGUCGCCAACCGAGCCGCAUACUUCCAUUAUAUGUGGGAUGGUGUUCCAGCAGACGGAUCGGUUGUCUGUCAAUCGUCAAGUGUCCAGACGACCAUCGGGUUCGUCCAAGGAGGAAUCAACUCGGCGAUUGAUUUUUUCCUUACGAUUUUGGCCGGUGUUCAGCUAUGGCAAUACAGUAUUCGCGCUGUCGACGGUACCCCCGCUGGAGGAAGCUCGUUUCUAUCCCGAUUUAAACGAAUGCCCAAGUCCGCGAGGAACAGACGAAUCUGGCAGACAGUUAUUCUGAGCGGUCCCCUGGCCUUGUCCGGGUGUGCCUCUAUUGUUAAGACGAUCAUGUUGAAAUCUCUUGGAGAAAGAAACGACUUCACCCAUAACAUUGUCCCCUUCAUUCUCUGGGUCAAAAUCGAGAACUACAGUAUCCUCCUUGCCAGCUGCGGUCCCGUCAUCCGUCUCUUUGUGCGCAUCAUGUUCGAUCGAAAGAAAGGAGGUUCGAAAUGGGGAUACUGGUCGAACAGCCGCUCCAACCAAUACGGCCACGGCCUCGAUCUCGAUCAAUUGCACACACAAAACCAAGGGUCGGUCGUGAUGACUGUAUUCGGCAAUGCGGAUAAAGGGCCAGAGGGGGAAUGGGAUCCCUCUCGUGAUGAACAGGGAGCGUCCUUGGGUCAUCACUCUCGCGGGGAGCAAGCGUCACCCCAGUUCCCGGGGGUCACUGUGAAGACGGAUAUCACCGUACAGGUUGAUUCUGACGGGGCGUCGACGAAAAGGCUGGUGCAGCCGAAAUACGACACUUGA